UCGACUGUGGCAGAGUGUCUUGGUGAGGGCAGAGUAGCGGCCGCGUUGUAGUGUUGUGGUGUUAUGUGGCCACUAGUGCCGGGCUGCUGCUGAUCUAGAGCCCCUACCGUCGCCUUCUUCAUGUGCUGACCCUUCCUGGUGCAGAGCGACGCCCGGUCCUCCUCCUCCGAGUGUCAUCGACAAACUAACGACUUCCGAGACGCAGCGCAACGAACCCUCGACUUCUCUCUCUCUCUCCAGCAGCGACCGUCAACCCUCUUGGUUCGGGGCGAGUUUUAACGGGGAAUCCUUAAGCGAUUUCCUUUACCGUGAUAGUGCUGUGAUGCGGUGCCAGGGGCUCUAGUGUGUAUCUGGCGAGCUUAGAAAAAUAAAAGAAGAAAAAAAUAAGAGAGAAGUGCUCAGUGCUUAAGAUAACAGGACUGUUUUUUUUUACUACACUCAAGUGGUAACCAAGAGACUCUGAUGUUGAAGGUGUGAGGUCGUGGAAAGAAAAGAAGAAAAAAAAAAGCGAAUCAACACUUUACAUUCACGUGUGGUAUAGUUUCUGUGAUAAGACAUAACUUGAAAGUAGCGUUGGUCUCAAGAAUUAAAACAAGAGUGUGUGUUUGUGUGUGUGUCGGAUAUACAGAGACUCGUCACGUUAUACAGAAGUGAUCUAGUGAAGGUCUAAUUUAACUGUGAACAAGAGCACCUCGACGCGACAGAGGACUAGAUAAGAGUGGAGAUAAUGGAGGGCAAGAGAGAAAGGAACACUCGUAAGGAGAAAAACUUCGCACAGGAGGAGAGCGGCUGGAUGGUCGGUCAGGAUCCUCAACAAGGCAGCUACUGGCGGAGUCCUUCCCUCACCCGACGGAGGAACUACUCGGGCGGCGAGGCAAGGGGGCAGCAGGACCCGACGGCCAUGAAGAAGGAGAGGAGCUUCGUCAGGCACUCACACCACCAGCAGCAGCAGUACCACCACAACAACAACAAGAACAACAACAAUAACAAUAACAACAAUAAUGGUGACAGACGAUGUUUGCAGAGAGAGCGCAGUUUUGUUCGUCCCCAGUCAGCCUUCGCUAUAAGUCAGAGUGACGCCAACCAACGCCUCCUGCCUAAUGGACUUCCCCGUCAGCACUCCUUCAUGAGACACAACGUGAACCCUCAGGCCCGUGAGCAGUCGCGGCGCCGCAGUGCCAUGCCAGCCACCAACCGUAGCAAACCUGCCAUGGAGCUCUACCGCCCGCCAAUCCAUUCGCCAGCGCUCCGGGGACCCGGCAUCUUCGAUAACGCGAACGGCGACGCUGUAAUGAACGGCAAGAUGGCCCACAACGGCGGCUACCACGACAAGUCCGGACUCAACGUUAACGCUCGAGAGUUUGUUUCUGUAAGCACUAGACCUCCCCUCCAGCACUCCAAAUCCUCCAGUAGUGUUCCCCUCCAGGGUCGUCCCGGUGGUCUGCAACACUCCAAGUCUGGCAGUAACUUACGACAGACCACCAACGGCGACGUACGACCCCCGAGCGGCUCCCCACCCAGGGUACACUUCAGCGACGAUAAAGAAAACGACCCAGAACUUAAGUGUGUGCCGGUGUCCCGCCCUCCCUCCCUGGCAGUGGGGAUCCUAAGUCAGUCAGGUAUCAAGAGGUCGAAGUCACUGGGCUCAGCAGACCUCCGCGCCUCACAGCUCCUGGAGGCCUCCACACCCACCACCGCCAUGCCGGACUUGGGCCCCUUCUCACCCGAUGUCCAAAAUUCUAUAACGAAAGCUAUGACUGACCCCAACAGCGUGAGUGCGAGGCAGCUGAUGGAGGUGGUGCGUCACGUGUUCACGCGGGUGGUGGAGGCUUCCCGCCACGCUGAGCCCGCAGCCAGGCUCUGUAUCGCUAUUAUUGAGAAGGAGAAGAAUGAAACAUUCCUGGAGACGCUGCUCAACACGUGCCAGGAGUACUUCCAGGAACGUGAUCGCCUCCUCCGAAACAACCCACCCGCACCCUACCCGGGCUUCGUCCCCGCCCACCCGCGCUGGAUCGCCUACAUGACCUUCCUCAAUGAGAUGUAUACACAGCUCAAGCGGCGACAUGUACAGCUCAUGACGAAGCGAAUGAGGAACAGUGAGACAGCGCCGGGACUACUACUGCUCACCCUGCUAGCUCAGUGCUGUCAAGUGUGUCUCAAGGAAAACGCCGUCAACAGUCUGGCUGAGACUGAGUGCCUAUUCUUCGUGCUGACUGGAGUAGGGAAGGAUAUCGAGGUUGAGCUGCCUCACCAAAUGGCGCGGGUGAUGAGUGCCGCCCGUGAUGCCUUCCUCACUACUGUCCGGGUCCCCGCAGUUCGCAAGACCCUACUCCAGCUGAUAGAAAUGCACGCUGCUAGAUGGCAACUGCCGGCACCUGCAGUCAUGUACUACUACCCAGGCUCAGGCAGCAAAUAGCCGUAUUUGACUUGUAGGUUCCAGAUAUAAUACAUAUAAAGUACUGUACACACCAGCCUGGUGCCAAAUUGCUGGCUGUAUAAUUCGUGUUCAUAUUGCCAUGUCAGUUUUAGAAGUGAACCUUUUUAAGUCAAUCGUAUCAUAAUACCUGGCAAUAAGGCGACACAUAUAUCCCAGUGGCUUUGGCAGCUCCUGGUAUAUAUAUAUAUAUACAUAUAUGAGGUGUAAUGUAUGUUUCCUUUUGUAAUGCCAGAACACGGCCUUCUCUCCCUAGUCAUGCUCCUUUGUUUUUGUUGAGAAAUUAAGCAGUCUUGAUACAUUUCUAAUCUGUAAGUGUAUGUGGAACAGAGAAACGCUACUAAUAAUUUGUCCGACACAGUUUAAUGUGGAAGUUCUUACUUUCCAUGUUAAAUGUUAAAUUAUCAAAAUGUAAAACCAAAAAUUGAUGGGCAAAUGCAAUUCUUAAAACACAUAAUCGCCUCAGUUUUUGGCAGUGUUGUGCUUUCACAGUUGUGAAUGAUGGUAGGAAAUGUCUUUGUCAGACCGGCUGCAGCUGACAGCAUGAUAAUGAAGUCUUAUCCUUUCUACAUUAGUAUGCCUUCAUAACUAUUGGGUCCCAAGACUUCAUAAACUAUUAAUCAUAACAGGAAUAAUGUACAUUUUGUGCCAUGUUACGCUAGUUACACUGUUGGGGAGGUCUUCUGGCUAUUUUCUUGUUUCACAAUUUAUGAAUAUUCCUGGGAAGGACCCCCGAAGAUAAAGAAGCUUCAUUCUUUGGAGGGAUUCUUUAAAAAAGGAAGCCUCAUCCAUGCUAACAUGUACAGUAAAAGAGGUCUGCUGAAGGGAUGCCUGCUCUUCAUAACUAAUCCCCGAGUUCCUGUUUGCACCAGUAGGAGGGAUGUCUCAGCCUGGCUCCUCCAAUUCAUUAUCGAUCGACCGACGUAAACGAUUCUCGAUAUCUCGAGUGAUUACCCCGACAUGCCCUCACUUGGGUAAUCAUCCUCAGAUAGCAUCCUGGCCAGCCGGGGACGGGGCAGCUCCAGCGGGUACUUGUGUACAACUUUUAUCAUCGGAUCCAAGCUGUUCCCUUGGCAUGUUGUACCGGUGAUUAGUGCCUAGAAGCUUAGAUUAUACUUUCGUCACUGGACCCACAAUUGUGGCUGUUUACCCUCGAGUUUUAUUUAUGGUACUCGGGUUUACAAGAACGAGGGUUUUUAUCAGUGACUUGGCUUGAUAUUUGAAUUAAGCCAUAAGUGUGAUGCACCUUGUAUCGGAGGUGUGUGUGUGUGUGUUGGCAGCAUUCUGGGUGUAAAUGUAUUUUACAGGUGUGACCUUGAACUUGUCACUUCCACUGUUCCUCAGUACUUCACAACACAUCACAAGCCCUUCACCGGCUGUGCCUAAGAGCUGUUUCCCUUCCACCCAGCUAAGUCUGAGACAAGCUGAUAGUCUUCCAGAAAGGUCCAACUUUUAUCGCUCUUUCCCGUUGAUUCUCUCCAAAGAUCUUCUCUAGUCCACGGCCUUUAAAAUUGUUUAAUUUUCAACAGAAAAAAAGAAGUUCCUUGGUGUUCUUGGACCAGGAAGGACUUACCCUCCACAGCAAAAUCAAUAUCAGGUCUCUUCUUUAACUAAUUCUUGUAUAGAUUAUCAGUAAAAUAAUGGAGAUGGAUAGUGUCUAAGUUUCCUAUUUGCCAGUGACGUCACAUGCAGUUAGAGACCUGAUUUUGUCCCUGCCUACAAUUCGCCACGACCUUGCUCAGCUGUGUACAGUUCCCUUGGGGAUAUAUCCAGCCUUAUUUUUAUAAUUGAUUUCACUUGCAGUGAAUGAAAGAUUUUUCUAGGAUAUUUUUGUGCUCCAUGAAGUUUGAAAUAAAAGCUAGACAUGAAUUGGAAAAUGAAGUGCCUUAUAGAAACGUGACAACAUCGAACCUUUUGAGGAGUUUUUCACUUAUGUAAUUCUAAAACUGCAAUUAAAAUCACAUGUUUGGUGUAGUAGCAUAUUUGGCCCAUAAUCAGGGUCACAAUGAAACUUCUUCAAAGAUUUUUUUUUAAAGUCCUGGUCACUUCAUCGUAAAGGCUUAAAAAAAAUACUGAAGAAGUACUAAAUUAACGAAACAAAAUAUGGGAGUGGAAUCCAGGAUUAUGCAAUAUUCAUAUGUGCGAGUCAUGUUGUUGGCUGUGUACGUAUAACAAAUUCCAAUGUCUAACUAAAAAUAACAUUAAUACCCUGUAUAGCCAAUUGGUUCGACUGUUUCUCACGUUUCAAUUUAGGUCUUGCAGACAUGUAAUACACACAUAAUUCUCUUAAAUUUUAGUUGUAAUCCAAACAUUCAGUCUCAGUCACUUUGGUUAAAAUGUCUUGACACGAAUAAGAUCUGUAUUUUCCUAACCAGUUUAUGGAAUCAUGUGACUGUGCUGUCUGUUGCUUCAGUUUGGAAAUACAGGUAUUAUAGUUGUAGUUAUUAUCCAUGUAAUGAUGCUGCUCCUGAUGGGAUAUCUUAAUUUAUUGUAAUAUGUUCAGCAAAAUCCAGAAUGUUUCUCAGAUAACAACUUUACAGUCCAGGAAAAAGAUAAAAAACAAAACACUGCUUCUUUAUUUUUAGAUGUACAGUAUAUUAUAUUAGUAGCCACAGUCUAACAGUAUAUGUAUACUCAAUACUACAUUACCAAACAAUAUUAUGAUCAGUGGUUGUUGCAAGGUAAACUGGUAUACUUUUGUAACAUGGAUGCUUUAAAAUAAUCUAGUCUGUUACUACUACACAUCUAUGCUUCUCCCUACGCAAAAUUGUCAGGGAUAAACAUUAACUCUUAAACUAUUUUUUCCAUCAGGCACGUUAAGAUGAUUGGGAUGAUAAUCAAUAACAGUGGCAAGUGAUGACAAAAUUGCCUGUCUAAACACCACAGCUAUUAGGGAAAUUUUUAUAUUUGUCCUGAGCAGCCAUUAAUGUUUAUCUCUUACUGUCAACGUGUAAAUAUUUAUUUUCACAUUUGUAAAGGAGAUUGUUAAACUUGUUAAUAUUCAGGGAAUAACAUCAUCUGAGUGUAUCUGUGUUAAUAUAUUAUAAACCUGACGAGCUUCCUGGGGAAGAGGUCAUGUAUCAAGAUUGAGGUACACGAUGCAUCCUGAUAUAUUCUUAACAAAAAUAUUCCUUACUUAUUUCCUAAACCACAAAUCUCCCAAUAAGUAAUAAAGUAAUUCUAUCGGGCAGACUCAUUAAUUACUACUCUUGCAUAUUCUUAAAAAUAUCGGUGCCCAGAUACUGUAUUUAAGAUCACAUGAAUGUAUAAUAAUAUGGCAGGAUGCAUUAGUGACCCAGAGUGAUUGGUGCAAGAGUUGGAGUUGCUACGUGGUUUAUCUUGGAGAAUGUGUUAAAAGCAAAGUCACCAGAUAUAUACAGUGGUGGUGGUAGAUGCUUCAGAUCUUCAGGACCACACAUGGGAAAAAAUAAUGUGAUAUUUUUGUUGUGGCCACACUGUCAGUCUUGGCAAUCUGCUCACAAUGAACGGCGUGGCACCUUCAACACUUAAAAGCGAAAUAUUAUUAUUAAUAUUAGUCUCUGAGAGGAUAACCUAUACGUACUCUCAACAUCACAUAUAUGCGGCUCCUCUUAUGUUUUCUAUAUGAUUUGCAGACUUGGUAGUCGAGGACAGUAAGACAUCAUUUACUGUAUGAUCUUUGUGGUUAGGGACAAGGAGUUUCUGGAUUUCAGCUUGAUUAAGAACCGUUGUUUUUAACUCGUUGGACUUUUCUUAUGAUGCAAGAGACAUACAGUACUGUGCCCAGCUAAAAAGUUCUUACAUGAAAAAGAUGCAUUAGACAUCCCGGCUCAGUAUACUCGUUAUAUCCUUUCAUUAGGCUGUGGAUAUAGUGUAUACAGAUUCAAUGUUUGCUUGCACUGAUAUUUUUAUUAUAUUCACAACAGUGAUCGCGUACCAGAAGAUUUCAUAACUGUUUCCUUAAUUUUUGUACAGAAGUGUGCUAAUGAUAAAAGCAAAUUUCAUGUCGACUUUAUAAAAUAAAAGUUAACUGAA